CGGUCUCUCAACAUGGGUUACAUUGGUAUUUUUGGUUGCUUAGUACUAUUCUGUAUUUUAUUUCAUCAUGCAGUGGACGCUACCGACAACUCAUUCGAGUUGGGAGAGAACAGACGGAAAGACGCCUAUCCCAUGUGGUUCGGUCCGAGGGUGGGGCGGAAAAAACGAAACCCCAUCGAGAAAAUUUACAGGAGCGACAAAAACCACCAGCCAGCCGAAAUAAUAGACGUCCUCAAAGAAUCACCGCUGGUGGUCGUAGCUGUCAAAGAAGGUAAGCAGCACAACUUCAUACCGAGACUGGGACGAGAUUCGGGGGAAGAUGUGCCGUGGUUACAAGAGUCGGAUAUCGAAGGGGACGUGAUGACGCCGAGAUCAUCGGGAUCAUUGUUCGCACCCAGACUGGGCCGGACCUUAUCUCCGUAUACGCCACGAAUGGGAAGAAAUAGCGAUCUCGAUCUAAAUUAAGCAAAAAAUGUCAUUUGAAAGUUGAUAACCAUAAACUAUAACUAGUAAUAAUAAUAAAGUGACUUUAAAUUCGUAAUAAACAAUUUCCAAAGCGAUACGUGUUGCGUAUGAACU